AUGUGGAGAUUCAUUUUGGUGAUGUGUCUUCUAGCUCUGGUCGAAAGGGGAACCUCGGGGAAAUUGCCGAUAUGGGAAAAGGAGUUAGGAAGAUUGCAGGGUUUACAUAACCAGCUUCAGCGAGGUCCGGUUCCUCCAUCAGAACCGUCACUAUGCCACAAUAGACUAAACCAUCUUUCUCAUCCAGAGGUUUACUCUUCCCAAACUUACGUUCUUUGCCCAUGA